AUGCCUUUCAAGCUUGUAGGUCAACCUUUGCUAUAUGCAAUAUCAACCUUUGCAAGCUUGGGUGUCUUUUUGUUUGGAUAUGAUCAAGGUGUUAUGUCAGGGAUUAUUACAGGACCUUACUUUAAAUCAUUCUUCAAUCAACCCACGCAUUAUGAGAUUGGAACAAUGGUCGCGAUUCUUGAAAUUGGAGCUUUUAUCACUUCGAUCAUUUCAGGUCAAUUAGGAGAUUUAGUAGGACGAAGACGUACACUUUUUAUCGGAGCUGUUAUUUUUACUAUCGGUGGUGCAAUUCAAACUUUCGCCGAUGGCUUCUCAACGAUGAUAUUAGGUAGAAUCAUCUCUGGAUUUGGGGUGGGGUUUCUCUCGACUAUCGUACCAGUCUACCAAUCUGAGAUCUCACCCGCUGAACAUCGAGGACAACUUGCUUGUAUCGAAUGGACCGGGAACAUCUGUGGUUACACAUCAUCAGUAUGGAUAGAUUAUUUUUCAUCUUUUAUAGAAUCACAUUGGUCUUGGCGACUACCACUUUUAUUUCAAUGUAUCAUUGGUGCAAUCUUAGCCGUUGGAUCAUUAAUCAUUCCAGAAAGUCCAAGAUGGUUAUUAGAUACAGAUCAAAAUGUAGCUGGAAUGAGAGUCUUGGUUGAUCUUAAUGGUGGUGAUCCUAGAUCUGAACGUGCUCGUCAAGAAUAUCUGGAAAUUAAAGAAGCCGUUUUAGAUGACCGAUUAAACCCUGAUCGGUCUUACAGAGCUAUGUGGACUAGGUAUAGGGGGAGAGUGUUAUUGGCGAUGUCUUCCCAAGCAUUUGCUCAGCUGAAUGGUAUCAAUGUGAUUGCUUAUUAUGCACCACUUGUAUUCGAAUCAGCAGGAUGGAUUGGUCGUGAUGCAAUCUUCAUGACUGCUAUCAACGGACUAGUAUACAUCGCAAGUACAAUCCCACCAUGGUAUCUUAUGGAUCGAUGGGGAAGGCGCUUUAUUCUCUUAUCAGGAGCAGUAGGAAUGACAGUGGCAUUGACCACAAUGGGUUGGCUUAUUCACCUCGAUGCGCCAUUCACACCAAUCGGAGUGGUGAUUUGUGUGAUGAUUUACAUCUCUUGUUUUGGGUACUCAUGGGGUCCUAUUCCCUGGUUAUACCCACCUGAAAUCAUCCCUUUACCUUUCAGGGUUAAAGGAGUUUCAAUUAGUACAGCAACCAAUUGGUUCUUCAAUUAUAUCAUUGGUGAAGCUACACCUGUCUUACAGGACCUCAUCAGUUGGCGUCUUUAUCCUAUGCAUGCUAUUUCUUGUAUUUUGAGUUUCAUUCUUGUUUAUUUUGCAUAUCCAGAAACAUGUGGUGUACCACUAGAAGAGAUGGACGAGUUAUUUGGGGAUGUUGGAUUAGAAGACACGGAACAUCAAUCAUUAGUGAAUUCGGAAAGAUCAUCAAUUCGAAAUGCUUUAGAACCUCCCAAUUUAAUUGAAAUUGAUGAAUUCGAGAGAUUGAAUCCAUUGAGACGUCCAUAUUGGUUUUCUAGAUUAAUAAGAAGGGAAGAUCAUUCACCUAUGUUGGUUUCUAGUGAAGAGGAUUGA